AUGGGUCACAAAACCUCAAAAAAUGAGAAAGUGGAGAAUCACGUUGCGUUUCCCACUGCAAAAACACUCGCCGACCUUCCAAACAUUACAAUUACGCACCCGACACCAAUCUAUCAACCAGACACCCCUAAUCCCUUUACUGUUCCACCACCUACACCGAGGGAUUCUCAAAGCUUGAAAUCCUUCAUUGAGGAGACACCGAUUCUUUUUGGAGGUUCCAGUGAACACUCAGGUUCCAGUAGUCCACCUAGAUCAACUCCACCGCCUCCACCAACUAUACCACCACCUUCUGAUCCUGCAAAAGACGCGAUUUUUCAUCAUGAAGAAACUAGAAAACACUUUGGGGCUACAGUACUUACCAAAGGGUCAAGCCCACUACCUCCCAAACCAGACGAAUCACACUACGCACCGCCAGUUAUCAAACGACCGAUAUAUUAUGCAAAAGAUAAAAUUGAAUUAUAUGAAGCUUUGAACACAAGAGAUAGAGACCCACCGAGAGUACCCAUUGCCCCGAAAAGGAAAGAGAAAGAAGAGUUGGCCUAUGCUGUUGGGACUCCUAUUAUCAAGCUAGAUUCAUCCUCGCCAAAAACUGAAAAAAAGAAAGUGGUAAUUUCAGAUAAUGUCUCUGUUUCAUCAGUGAAGACCGCUGAUGACUACCCAGUUUACAGUGUUCUCUCUGACUACAAUUACAAUUCGGGAAAAACAUUUCAUAGUGGAGCAUUCCCUAUUGAUGUUAACAGAAAGAAUUACGGAUUCUGUGGUCGCAGUGGGUCCGGAAAGUCAUCGCUCAUAAAUUCGCUCCGUGGCUUGAACAAUGGCGAUCCGCAAUCUGCUGGCAGGAGUCAUUGUGACAGAAUGGAACCUUUCAGGUUUAUUGAAGGAGAGCUGCAGCAGACUGUACUCUGGGAGAUACCGUAUCCCAGAACAUUUUCUUCUUCAAGUAUAGUUUUUGAUGCAAAUAUGGGCUUUGAGAAAUUUUAUGAAAGUCACAAAUUGAAAUUGUUCAAGCGAUUAUUCAUAUUGAUUCCUGACGGCGCCCCAACAGAUGAAGACAUCACAUUCGCACGUGUAGCCCUUUCCAGACGUACCGCCAUCACAUUCCUGCUGACAAAGAGCGAUGAUGAUUUAGAUGCAGAAAACAGAGAAAACGGCACAAAGCUAGAUCAAGCCAUGAAAAAAUCCUAUGAGACAUCAGCAAGAUUAGUAUUCUCACGGUUUCUCCUCUCAAAGGCUCAAAUACUGAAUGACGUGGAGCUCCUCUUUGUGAACGCUCCGACAACAAGAAAUCUAGUUAGCGGCACAGUAGGAUAUCUUCAUUAUUUGAUGAAUGAGGAGCGGUUAUUAGAAUUAUUGGAUCUCAAUACAGGAUGCCAUUAUGAGUUAGAAGUGAAACUGAGAAGAGAACGAGAGUCGUCGGAAACUGGAAGACCGUCGAAUGGAACUAUUGAAACUUAUAGAAUAGUAAAAUUAUCAGAAGAAGAUCAACACAAGGAGCCUCCUUCUCAAGUACAGGCUUAUGCAGUUAGUCGUCCUACUAUUUUGGCAGAUGCUGGAUUUGAAAUCUCUUUUGGAACAGAUGACAGAAUUUAUCAAUCUUUGGAACCCAAAACUAUGGUUCGCAGGGCUGGAAAAACUUGUUUUAAUUAUGGCUUCAUUGGAGGCAGAGGUGUUGGCAAAUCAUCCCUAAUAGAUGCAAUGAGAGGGAUGUCUUCCAAAAAUCCACUAUCCGCUACUAAACUGAAUAAUCGCUCGAAAAGUGGAAGUUGUGAGAAGUUUGAGUUUGAUGACACUGUACUUAAAUACAGUGUAACAUUGUAUGAGCUGUCCUAUCCAAAGAAAAUUAGCUCGUAUUUUGAAUUUAUCGAUUUGUACAACGUCGCUUCCUUCACCGCUCUUUUCAUUUUGGUCGAUCAAACACCAAGUGAGCAGGAUUUGGCGUUUGCCAAGAUUGCGUACCGUAGGAAUACAACGAUAUUGUUCCUGAUUUCAAAAUGUGAUAAAAAGUUAGCUGCUCGAAGCCGAAGUGAUGAAAUUCCAGUGUGUGAUCUGUUAAAGCAACGAUAUAUUGACAAGGCUCUUAACAAAUUCGACAGCAUCAUGGCUGCAAAAGCAGCAGAGCUCCGUGGACGAGUCAAUGUAUUCUUUGUUUCUGCACCGGUGUUCAAAGCUCUUCGGAUGGGUGAUCCACGAGAGAGUCAAUUUGUGCUUCAUGAGCGUGCAAUGUUUGAUUUCCUAAAGUCACGAAGAAUGAUCGCAGAUAUGUUGGAUGAUCCACCCGGGGAGAACGCGUAUGCUCAAGUGGACCUUGAAACUGCAGGAGUUCGUUAA